UGGAUCUAAAGAGUUAAUGUGGGUCGAAAAAGAAUCCAAACGUGUCCAUGUUUUUGUUGCUAUUUUACACGUUAAUGACACCAGACGAUUCGUCCAUGUAAUUAUUGAAACAUGGAUGCCAUUUUAGAUUGCGUUGAUGAAAUAGCAUUGGAUGGUUUGGACGGUUGUCCUAUACAGGAGCUGUGGAAGCACCUAGAAAAAAGAAGACCAUCAUUUCCUUUACCACUUGAUGAAAAUACAAAGCAGUUCUUAUGGAAGGGAAUCACAAAAUUCCACGAUGUUGACUUUUUUGCCCUUCCAGAGCCUUUUCCUCACAUAUUUGGCAAUAGUCAUGAAGAGGGGAGUGAAGAUAAGGAUGCAAACCCUGAGCAAAAGAGCUCUCUUGAUCAGUUUCCAGGGCCACUUAGAUACAGUUGUGAGUUUAAGCUCAUUUCUGACCAAGAAAGUGGAAUAAGAGGUUCCUGUCCAAGUUAUCAUGUGCGCAAGAAUAUAUCAGAGGAGAUAAGAGGUUCUUUGAAUAGAGAUUGUUUAGACUUAAAGACUGCUUACGAAAGGUGGGGAGACUGUCUUGUUAUGGUUGCCUCUCAGGAAGUGAGGGAAAAAGCCAUCCUUGGAUUGGAUUGUGAUCCAAAUGUUCCACUGUCAGACAUACAGUACUGUUUGUUGGAGCAUGUUGGACAAGCAAGAUAUAAUGGACGCAUGCAGAAAUACAUCAGCUCUAAUUUCUUUAAGGUUGAAUCAAGGACAACAUUUCAUCAUCUGAAAAUUUUGCGCAAAGCUCAUUUAGUAACUAUGCAGAAUGUUGUUGUUAGUACAACUGAUCCUGUGAAGAAUGUGAGUAAUGCUAUUACCAAUGUGGUGAGAUUAAAAAGAUUCCAUGUACAAGAGCACCACAAGUAUGAUGUGCUGGCAUCUAGACUGUGCAAGCUGUUAUUAGAUUCACCAAAUCAGGAAUUGCCGUUGAUUGAGAUUCAAGAACAUUUUACUGAAUUAAGGAAAAAGGGCCUGAGGAAAGUACGGCAGUUUCUAGUACAGGCAGGAUAUGCUGUGGAAGAAAAAAUUGGAGCAUCUCCUGAUGGAGCAGAUGGCAAUGACUGCAGUCCACCAAAAAAGAGGAAAAGGAAAAAUGAAAAAUCAUCUGCAAUCCCUAAUGUUCACACAACAAAAAUGCGACUUCUCAAACCUUUUAUUUUGAAAACCAGUAACAUUCAGAAGCCAGAUGGUGGGGAAAAUGAUGAAGAUGAUGAUGAUGAUGAAAAUGAUGAUGAUGAUGAUGAUGGUGAUAAUGAUGAUGAGGAACAGAAUGUUGAAGGAGAUGACUCUUUGCAAAGUGAUGAUUAUGAGUCAAAUAUUAUUGCUGAGAGACCUUUGAUAACUCAGGUUUACAAGAUUAUUGAACAGGCAGGACCACAUGGAUUGACUCUGUCACAAUAUCGUAGAGCUUGCAAGCUUCCUUUUGCUGAUGUCAGAGCUUUUGUUAAGAAUUUGAAGAAAAAGAAUUUAGUCCAUGAGGUUCAUCAAGCUGUAAAAAAGCAAACAGUUGCCUGGUUUGUGGCAGCUCCAUUCAUGGAUAGCAAUGUACAAGCAGUAAAAGUGAGACAAAUCAGGGAUGAACUAAAAAAAAUGGAGACUAAAGCAGCAGAUGUGAGCAUCACAGAAGGUAUUGACCUGAGUAAAAAAAUGCCAAAACCAAGGCUUAGUGGAGUUGGUGUGGUGGAGAGAGUCACUUAUAGAAAACUGAAGAGAAGAGCUGUGAUAUUGGAAUACUUGGAAAAGAUGAAAGUGGUUGAAGGAUCUUAUCCAAUUCAAAAGGCUGUGAUAACAAGUGAAGAAGAAGAAGGACAUCAAGGCCGAAUUGAUAGAAAGGUGCUUAACAGGAUUCUUGAUGAUCUUCGUGCUCAAGGUUUGAUAAAACAGCUCACAACUAUGGUGCAACAUGGAACUCUUUCACAAACGGUGGACCUGUUCUUACAUUCAUCCAUCAGCAGCAAUGACUCUGAAGUUGCAGUUAUGUUGGAACAGUGUCGUGUUAGACUUAGAGAUCAGAUGUUUAAAGAUGCAGAGAGAGAGGAAAAAGCCAGGCAGAUCGCAGAAGAAAAAGAAAGAAAAAAACUUGAAAAAGCAGCAUCUGUUGAAGAAGAAAAGCAGAGGAAGAAAAUUGAAAAGAAAGAAAAAGAUGCACUGAAGAAAGCACAACAGCUUCAUGAAAAGAGUGACUCAAAGGAAGACAGUACACCAGCAAAACCUCAAUUCACGCAUUCAACUCAAAAGUAUGGCCAUUUGCCUAGAUUUCCAAGACUACAGUUGAUUCAUGAAUUAUUAUGGCAGCUUGUUUAUGGUGAAGUUUCAUCAGACACAAGUGAUGUGGAUGAGCCUGGAGCCAGUGACACUCAAGAAGAAGCGUUAUUUGAGAGUGACGAUCCAGCAGCAACAGAGAAUGAGGAUUAUGAGUGGAUUAAACACUUAAAACCAAUGAAUAAAGUGUGUGAUGAGGCAGGAGAGCCACUUCAAGGCUGGUUUCGUUUGGCUGAUGUGAUGCCAGUGAUGCCUUUAAACAUACUUUGCAAAACAGUUGAUAUAACCGAGGAGGUGGAAGGUUUUGAUGAAUAUGCUUUUGAUCCAGUGAAAAAGUACACACUUUUCUGUGAUCUUCCUCAGCAAUUAAGGAUCAAACUUAAGGAAACUCGGCGAUACCAUCCAGCACCACUUGAGCUUCUCUUGUGCCUGUGUCAAAUGGGUUUAGUCACUCCAGCUAAACCAUUCCCUCACAGUUUUAACCAUAUAAGAAUGUUUUUGCACAAGGGCACAAGACUAUUGGAUACCACAACGUCUCUAAAGAACUACAGGACUGCGCUUCCUCCAGCAGGCAAACCGUUUGUAUCACGUCGUCACAUGUUCUCGAACACUGUUGCUGUCAAAAAUUUCUGGACUGACUUGAAAUGUGUUUGUCUCAACACACCCUUAGGUGUAGUGAAGGUCGAUGAAGGAGCUCCUGACCAAAGUAUGUCUUCUAUGAAGAACAAAAGACUUUUCCACUUCGCUCAAGAAGAAGUAGAUGAAGACAAAGUGGAUCUUCCCCCCGGAGAUCAGCUGGGUGCUGCUGGUCUGGACAGGUGUUUUUUCAGUCAUUUGAAGAGGAACUGGACACGAGUAAUGACAGCGUCAACACGGAAAAUACCAAAAGCAUCAGCUAGUGUAACAAGUGAUGAGAGUGUUCAGAACACUGAUAGUGCUGGUAACCAAGGAGGAAAAACUUUCUGGAGCAUCGGAAAACCUGAAAUGAAACAGCAAGCACAUAAAGAAAAGAUUAAGCAACAGAAAAAGAAGCGUAAAAGGAAAACAGAUGAUAUACAAGAGGGUGAGAAAGAACUUGCCAGUGCAAAGAAAAUGAAAACUGUUAACACCGCUGAAAAGAAACAAGCUGGAAAUGCUCGAGAGAAGACGAAAAGAAAAGAAGAACAUUCCUGUAAAACUGGCCAUCUAAAUGCGAUCGAUGACGAAGACAGGAACAUUUUGGCCAAGAAAGUAAACGAAAGAAUCUCAUUUUCCCAUGAGGAGGACAGCUGGCUACUACUGUUCCGAGUUGCGCUUGGAAUGAUGAAGAGUGAAACAUCACGGUACAAUCCUUUUGUUUGUAUGAGGAACAUCUUGCACAAAGAAUGUGCGUCAAGCUUUGACAAGACGGCCCCCAAUAUUCAGCGCAGAAUUUUAAAACUGAUGAAAAGUCCUCAGUCACAGAUGACUGUAAAGAUAUGUUCAGCGGAGUGUGCACAUGAUGAGUCUUUCAAAGGACUUGAAGAUUCAAAUGCUGAUUUUGAGGAAAUGUUUCAAGAAGUUGUAAAGAGAUUAAGGCACAAGUUCAGCUCUUCCAGUUUAGUUUGUGAUGGAAACGUUACGCUGGUUUCUUCUGUCAAAGAACUUUAUGACAAGUACAGAGUACAGGUCAUGGCCUCUAAGCAGUUUCAGACAUUUUCUCCCGAUGACAGUGUUUUGUCGCUCGGACCCAGUAUCAGGUGUGUCAGUGAUAUAAACAAGGCGGCCAUUAGAGAUCAGAUUCAGAUCGCCUUCACAACGCCUCAAGAAUCAUACGAUGCCUACAGAGUUUUUCAGAUGUUUAACUCAUAUUCAAGGGAAGAGCUUGAAGAUGUGUUUAAAGAGAUGCAGAAAAAGAAUCUGGUCAAUAGAAAGAAAUCGAUUGAAAACCCUGGUUUUCAGUUCACUCGCGCGUUACCAUUUGCUUCAAUGACGUUUCAGCUUAGUUCUGUGUAUCAUCGAUUAUUCAUGCAUGGCUUUAAACUUGUGACAUUCUACAGAGACUGCGCUCACUUUUGGAAACAGCUUGUGAAAGGAGAACAGCACAAAUUAAAUAAAGAAGAAGACAGUGACGACAGGCUGGAGCAAAAAGCAGCUUCUCUUACCCCUGGUUUAAUAGAAUUCAAGCAAUCACGCGCACUCGGUGGACAUGUCGCUUGCAUCCUGUCUCUACUCACCACCGACAAGUUAUCUGUUGAUGUGAGCAUUCCUGAAGAGGUGUUGAACUGUGAGUCGUCAGGGCUAUCAGAGAACGUCGAGCUACAGUCAAGUCAAGCCACUGAUGGAAGUGGUGAACCAGUGUCUAAGGACGACGCCUCAUCAGAGAAAGGUAAGACAAGAACUUCAGCGAAGACAAGAACUCCUGGCAGUGCUGGAAUAACAGAGAAGAAUCAGCCGUCAACAGCCCAGGGUGCCAUGCCAAGUAAGAGCAGUGAUACGGUCGAGUCAGCCCCAGCUGUAAAGCAGUCAGCGUCCUCUUCCAAAGCAAAAUCCUCAGAGAAAAGUUCAAAAGGAAAACGGCCAAAAAAACGAGAAUUUUUUACCUUGAGGAUAUCAUCAUCAUCAACUGCAACAAGUUUCACAACUCCAUAUGAUCUGACAGCUGUGACGGACUCAAGCAACUAUUUGACAAGUUACACUGAGGAAUGUGAGGGGCAAUGUACCGAAAGACAGAGUAGUAAAGUAUCCACUGUACCGGUGGCAUCUCUGUCCUUCAGCGGCACAUCCCGCUCAUCAAGAACUGCACUGAUGUUGGCUCGGGGUGGGAAGGACCCAUAUGCAUCCAUGAAUCAGCUCUCAGCUAGGGCUGUUAACACUCACGACUUCAUGACUUUGAAUCCAUGCAAAAAUGUGUUGAAAUUGAAAGAAGACUCUUCGGCACACGUAGCAGUUGAUAGCGCUGCUGAAAAUAGACCCAGUACCUCCGCGACCUCUUCUGACGAAGGGAUUUCAGGCUAUAGAACUUAUCCCGUGAUUGUUUCCGUGGAAUUUUCAAUAGACGAUUAUGUUAAGCUCAGUAAGGAAGAACUGGGCUUCACUGAAAUUGAUUUACUAAUGGCAAGAAUCAUUUACGAGGUUGUUGAAGAGAAAGGAGAGUUUGGUGUGACUGUGAAAGAGUUACAGACGAAAAUCCAGGAGAAACACAAACAUGAACUAACUUCAUCACAGUAUUCUCUUGCAAAACAUGUGACGUACAUGUGCAAAGCAAAACUGCUUUACAGAGUUGGUUUGUUUGAGGAAUGUCUUGUCACUGCAAGCUUUGUAAAACCCUGGUGUGUGACUGUCCUCAAGCCCAAGGUUUCUGAGCAAUUGCAAAGAGAGGUACCCAAACAUACUGAAGACGUUACAACUGCUGGGAACUCUUUGUCAGAGGCCUGUGUCUCGUUAAAGCAACAAGAACCUACCGAGGAAGACCAAGAUGCACGUGAAGAAACGAAAACUAACCAGAAUAAUUCUGAAACUGAAAAAUCAAAUCCUGCCGGUCACCCAGAAACUAAUGAUGGCACUGCUUCAAUUGAUAACGCUGAUCACCUUGAAAAUACUGGGCUUUGCAAAGGAGGGACAAACGAGACAGCAGAAGAAGGGAAAAAACCGGAAAAAGGAAAGAAAUACAGAAUCAAUAAUUAUGAUCAAUAUUCCGUGGUGUGCCGCCCAUGGAUCACAAUUGAUGGUGACACAAGUCAACGGCUAUUGCGCAUGUUUCGAGAGAUGGUUCUUAUGUUGAUUCUUGGGAAUCCAGGGAUAUCACAGAGCCAGAUUGCUAAGCAUUUCUUUGAAGCCUUACGGCCAGUCGCAUUGCAAGAUAUACUUGAGAGUCUUGUGUUGGAUGAAUGUGUGGUAAAACACAGCAGAAAGCUACCACCCAAAGUUUCUCUUUUCUCUACAAGCAAAGCUAAUGAGUCAAGUGAACUGGUGACUUUUUACACUCCAACAGUCGAUUGCAUUCUGAAGUUAGCCACAAGCAAGCUGACAGGAUACACGUGACACUUCGACGUCAAAACUGAUUUCAUAUCUCACAAUGCGGUAAACGUGCUCUUAAUACUUUUGGUUACCAUCACACUCUUCUACGGGUUUAAAAAGAGGAAAUUUGUCAUUUAUUGUGGACGUCUGGACCACUGUUGACGCGAACGGGAGGAAGACAUUUUUUCCUGUCACUUACGCUCUGCCUCCAGUUAGCCACAUUUAGUUACAAACAAAAUUUUUACCUUUAUGAGGGAAACUGUGAUAUUUAUUUUAUGUCAACUAUGGCUCUAUAUUAGAACAGAAAUAAACAAUAGUUACUUUUCUGAA